GCAGUUGAAUAGGACUGGCCUAGCUGCGCUAAUAAAUGCUGUAGCAUUGAGUGAGGCGACACGGUGUCUGUGCUCACGUUCCAGCGCCUGUCCGUGGUCACGCUCCUGCCCAUCGGGUUGACGAUGACGCUCAUGAUCGAGACGCUGUGGAGAGAGGGCGCCACCUUCGGCAUCUGGUUCAUGCUGGUGCCUCACUGGCGGGAACUGCUACAGAUCACGGUGUGGACCCGCGCCGUGGAACAGGUGCUGUUCACCGUCGGCGUCAGCUACGGUCCGGUGGUCACCUUCGGCAGCUUCUGCCGCCGCUUCGAGAACGUGCACAGGGUGGUGUUCAUGGUGACGUUGCUGACGCUCGCGGCGAGCCUGAUGUAUUCCAUCAUCGUGUUUUCGUCGCUGGGUAGCAUGGCGCUCAGUCUCAACAUCCCCGUCAAGGACGUCGUGCACGGAGGCCAGAGCGUGAUAUUCGUGGCGAUGAGCAAGUACUCGGUGCACUGGAUCUCCUCCAGCCUGUUCUUCCUCCUCGUCCUCAUCGCCGGCACCAGCUCGCAGCUGUCGAUGGUCGACGUGGCGCUGAACCACUGGGCCGACUGCUGCAUGCUGGUGCAGCGGAACCGGCGACACUUCGCGGUCGGCUACUGCGUCGUCGCUUUCCUGAUCGGUCUGCCUUUCGUCACCGAGGCGGGCCUGUACCUGGUGCAGCUGGUGGACAGCCAAGUGGUCGGCUUCCUGCUCAGCUACGUGGCCUUCUUCGAGCUGCUCGCAGUCAUGUGGAUAUACGGCCUGGAGCACUUGAAGCUGGACGUGAUGCUGAUGCACGGCGAGCUGUCGGCGGUUAAGCUGGAGUGCGCCUGGUGCGUCGUCGUCCCCGCCGCUUUGGCCGUGAGCCUGGUGACGAGCCUGCUCUCCGGCUGCAGCUCCCUGCGACUGGGUCCCAUCCAGUUCCCGGUGCACGUCUGCUACGUCGGCUGGAGCCUCGUCAUCGUCGGCGCCCUGCAGGUGCCGCUGUGGGCGGUGCUGGAGGCCAUCCGGAACCAGGCCAAACUGGAGCAGUGUCUCGUUCCCGCGUCAACCAUCGAGCUGGGCCUGGCGGCCAUGUCGAGCUCGGAGCCGACGCAGUCGCCCACAGCGCACCGCCGCUUCUGACUCUCGCCGCAGCUGUCAAACGGCUGCGCAGACUGGACCGGACCGCCGACCUUCGGGUUACAUUUCGUUAUAUACUGAUGAUGGCGCACUAAAAGAGGUUGCGCGAGGAACGCGCUUUUUGUGGUGGAUGGUCUCUGAGGGAAGUAUAUCUGCACCAGAAAUUCAUGUGCUAUAUGAUCGAUUCGCUGACAUUGGUCGAAGAGAUCUCGGGUACCACGAGAAACGCCGUAUAUAUAUAUAUAGUGGUGAUCUUCUGAUUAUAUUGACUGCAGUUGGUGGCACUUUGCGCAAAUACAAGACACUGUACGCGAGCCUCUCUGCAUUUCUACUCCAUCGGGAAUGCGACCGCCGUAGCACGAAUUCGAACCCGCGACCUCGUGCACAGCAGGAGACACCAAUGAGUCACUGCGGCGCUUCAAAGAACGCUUUUGCGGACAAAGGCUUCAGUGUGAGAUGUUUGCAACCAAAAUUUAUAUGCGCCGAUUGAUUGAUUGAUUGAUUGAUUGAUUGAUUGAUUGAUUGAUUG